AUGUGGGCACAGGGCCCCUCUCAGCCCGCGCUCUGGCACACCGUGACCCUGUCGCCCCCGCUGGCUGGCCGAUCCACCAAAGGCGGCGCCAAGGCCGAGAAGAAGCUCCUCGCUUCCCUGGAGUGGCUUAUGCCUAACCGGUUCUCGCAGCUCCAGAGGCUGACCCUCAUCCACUGGAAGUCCCAGGUACAUCCCGUGUUGAAGCUGGUCAGUGAAUCCUGUCCUCGGCUCACCUUCCUCAAGCUUUCCGACUGCCAUGGUGUGACUUCGGACACUCUGGUCAUGCUGGCCAGAGCCUGCCCCCAGCUUCACAGCCUGGACCUUCAGCACUCCAUGGUGGAGUCCACGGCCGUGGUGAACUUCUUGGAGGAGGUGGGGCCUCGAAUGCGCAAGCUGUGGUUGACCUACGGCUCCCAGACCACUGCCAUCUUGGGUGCCUUGCUGGGCAGCUGCUGCCCCCAGCUCCAGCUCCUGGAGGUGAGCACGGGCAUUCACCGAAACAACACUCCCCUCCAGCUGCCCGUGGAGGCCCUGCAGAGAGGCUGCCCCCAGCUGCAGGUGCUGCGGCUGCUGAACAUGAUGUGGCUGCCCAAACCGUCGGGGCGAGCGGCGGUUCCUGGCCCGGGCUUCCCCUGCCUUGAGGAGCUCUGCCUUGCCGGCUCCACCUGCAACUUUGUGAGCAACGAGGCUCUGAGCCGCCUGCUCCGAGGUUCCCCUGGCCUGCGCCUGCUGGAUCUUCGAGGCUGUGCCCGCGUCACACCCGUCAGCCUGUAUGACCUGCCGUGUCAGGAGCUGGAGCAGCUGCACCUGGGCCUGUAUGGCAUGUCCGAUCGGCUGACUCUAGCCAAAGAGGGCAGCCCCCUGUUGACCCAUAAGUGGUGCCACACUCUGCGGGAACUGGACUUGAGUGGCCAGGGCUUCAGUGAGAAGGACUUGGAGCAGGCCCUAGCCGCCUUCUCAGGCCCCCCUGGGGGCUCGCCCCCAGCCCUGUGCUCCCUUAACCUCAGGGGCACCCGGGUCACACCAAGCACAGUCAGCUCUGUGAUCAGCAGCUGCCCAGGCCUGCUGUACCUCAACCUGGAGUCCUGCCGCUGCCUUCCCCGGGGCCUGAAGCGGGCCUACCGGGGCCCAGAGGAGGUCCAGUGGUGCCUGGAGCAGCUGCUCACCUGCCCCCCUGCCCCCAGCUAGGCCGCCUGGCCCUGCACCCUUCUCCAGUUUUGGAUGUCGGAGCAUUUUGUUACAAUAAACAUUUUAAGAACC